AACAGGAGAUCAUAUCGAUUUGAGAGCUCUUCCCCUUCAUUUAAACAGCCUCAGAGCUUUGCAGAUAUCAUAGGAAGAGAAAUAAAGAGCUGAAAGAAGGAUAAAGAUAGAAGUAAACUACCCAUGGUUUCUAGGGAGCACAAGAGAGAAGCUCUGCAUGAGAAGCUGCAACUACUUCGUUCCAUUACUAACUCUCAUGCUCUCAACGAGACCUCAAUCCUAGUAGAUGCAUCAAAGUACAUCGAAGAGCUAAAACAGAAAGUGGAGAGAUUGAAUCAAGAUAUAACGAGUGAUCAACAGACCUCAAGAGACCAAAAUCCAUUGCCUGUGGCUACGGUGGAAACCCUAGACAAGGGAUUCCUAAUAAAUGUGUUAUCAGAGAAAAGUUGCCCAGGCCUGCUCGUCUCCAUACUGGAAGCCUUUGAAGAACUGGGUCUUAACGUUCUGGAAGCUAGGGUUUCUUGUGCAGAUAAUUUCCAGUUACAAGCAGUUGGAGGAGAAAAUGAAGAACAAGCCGAAAGUAUCAUUGAUGCUGAAGUGGUGAAAGAAACAGUGGUGCAGGCUAUUAAGAAUUGGAGUGGAAGUAUUGAACAAGAAUAAUCAAACAUCCGUAUACAUGAUCUUUUGCUUUUACUCAAUUUCUCCUUUUUUUAUUAUUACGUGGGCAAUGUUGUUAAUCAAGAACCAAUUAGCUUCUAAAUUGAAUUAGAAAUUGGUUGAA